AAAGACAUGAAAUGGUGGUUGCUCACAAGCGGCAAUGAUGCAAACCAAACCAAGAGUGAUUUGCUCUGCUGUCUAAUAGUGUUGUCUUAGCACUAAAAUUGAAAAACAACAAAAGAAUUUAAGACAAAAAAAAAAGAAAUGAUUGUUAAUCCAAUAAUCCCCGGAAAAAGGAAAAAAAGUACAGUGAGAAAGCGAUAACACAUUCUCAGCGUCAGAAGCUUACACUGCUCUAUACGACAAAAACCUCACCUGCUUCCUCCUCCUCUAUGAGUUAGUGAAUACUGACUGAAUAAGUUUUCACAAUCCUUUGCAUACAUCACAAAACGGCAUCGUUUUGAUGUCGCUCUCUCCUUCUUCCUCGCCGGCUCCGGCAACUUCCCCGCCUGCCAUGUCAUUACCUCCGGCAGAUUCCGUACCUGACACGUCAUCACCUCCAGCUCCUCCUUUGUCUCCUCUUCCCCCACCAUUGAGCUCUCCUCCGCCGUUGCCUUCACCACCGCCUCUCUCCGCUCCCACCGCUUCCCCACCGCCUCUUCCGGUUGAAUCCCCACCGUCUCCUCCUAUAGAAUCACCACCGCCUCCUCUACUGGAAUCACCUCCUCCUCCUCCGUUGGAAUCUCCAUCUCCACCGUCUCCUCACGUCUCAGCUCCUUCCGGUUCACCGCCAUUACCCUUCCUUCCCGCCAAACCUUCUCCGCCGCCUUCUUCACCUCCCUCCGAGACAGUUCCGCCGGGAAAUACGAUUUCUCCACCACCUCGUUCACUUCCCUCCGAAUCAACCCCGCCGGUGAACACAGCUUCUCCUCCACCGCCAUCUCCUCCUCGCCGCCGUAGUGGCCCUAAGCCUUCGUUUCCUCCUCCCAUCAAUUCUUCUCCACCAAAUCCUUCUCCGAACACUCCGUCACUCCCAGAAACUUCUCCUCCACCUAAACCACCGCUCUCAACGACGCCAUUUCCCUCCUCAUCCACUCCCCCGCCUAAGAAGUCCCCUGCAGCAGUAACUCUUCCUUUCUUUGGGCCAGCGGGCCAAUUACCGGAUGGGACCGUAGCACCUCCUAUUGGGCCUGUUAUAGAGCCCAAGACGAGUCCAGCCGAAUCAAUAUCUCCGGGAACGCCACAGCCACUGGUUCCGAAGAGUCUACCUGUAACGACGUCGUAUCACCGAUCAUCCGCCGGAUUCUUAUUUGGCGGUGUAAUCGUUGGAGCUCUUCUACUAAUUCUGUUAGGUCUUCUCUUUGUCUUCUACAGAGCUACCAGAAAUAGAAAUAACAACAGCAGCUCUGCUCAUCAUCAAUCCAAAACUCCCUCAAAAGUUCAACAUCAUCGGGGCGGUAAUGCUGGUACGAACCAGGCACAUGUUAUCACAAUGCCACCACCAAUCCAUGCUAAAUAUAUAUCUAGUGGAGGUUGUGAUACGAAGGAGAACAAUUCUGUUGCGAAAAACAUUUCAAUGCCAUCUGGAAUGUUCUCCUACGAAGAACUUUCAAAAGCAACUGGUGGAUUUUCAGAGGAGAACCUUUUGGGAGAAGGCGGUUUCGGAUAUGUUCACAAAGGAGUGUUGAAAAACGGGACAGAAGUUGCGGUGAAGCAGCUGAAGAUUGGGAGCUAUCAAGGGGAAAGAGAAUUCCAAGCUGAGGUUGACACAAUCAGUAGGGUUCAUCAUAAGCACCUCGUUUCAUUGGUUGGUUAUUGCGUUAAUGGAGAUAAAAGACUCUUGGUUUACGAGUUUGUUCCUAAAGAUACCUUGGAGUUCCACUUGCAUGAGAACAGAGGAAGCGUGUUGGAAUGGGAAAUGAGGCUCAGGAUUGCUGUAGGAGCAGCAAAAGGAUUAGCUUAUCUUCAUGAGGAUUGCAGUCCAACUAUAAUUCACCGUGAUAUCAAAGCAGCUAAUAUCCUUCUAGAUUCCAAAUUUGAGGCAAAGGUCUCUGACUUUGGACUAGCCAAGUUUUUCUCAGACACCAAUUCAUCAUUCACUCAUAUCUCUACUCGAGUGGUAGGAACUUUCGGAUACAUGGCUCCAGAAUACGCGUCCAGUGGUAAAGUAACUGAUAAAUCAGAUGUAUAUUCCUUUGGGGUCGUGCUUCUAGAACUCAUCACUGGACGUCCAUCAAUUUUCGCCAAAGAUUCUUCCACAAACCAGAGUUUAGUAGACUGGGCGAGGCCAUUGCUUACGAAAGCAAUCUCUGGAGAAAGUUUUGACUUUCUUGUAGACUCAAGGUUGGAGAAGAAUUACGAUACAACUCAGAUGGCAAACAUGGCUGCUUGUGCUGCUGCUUGCAUACGCCAAUCAGCUUGGCUUCGGCCUAGAAUGAGCCAGGUAGUACGUGCUCUUGAAGGCGAGGUGGCCCUGAGAAAGGUCGAAGAGACUGGGAAUAGCGUGACCUAUAGCUCUUCUGAAAACCCGAAUGACAUCACACCACGGUAUGGAACAAAUAAGAGGAGAUUCGACACAGGUUCAAGCGAUGGUUACACUUCAGAAUAUGGAGUUAACCCUUCUCAGUCGAGCAGUGAACAUCAACAGGUGAAUACUUAGUUCACAGGUUCAAUAGGGCAAGUUUCACCACAAUUAUUGGGUUUUCGGAUACAGUCAUCUUGGGUUAACAUAAAAUGUUGUAAGAAAUUAGACUACUUCAUUCAUUUGUAGUUAAGGGGUCCGAAGAACACUGCUUGUGUUUUGUUAAAUGUAUAAAUUGGUUGUAAUAUUGGGGCACAAGUUUAAUUAUGUUGCAAAUACUUUGUUUGCUUCUGAUCUAACUUCUAUUUCUCUGAUUUCCAGUUUUUAGCUUUAUGACAU